AUGGGUGGUGUAUCCCAAAUUUUUUACCAAUAUCGAUUUCUUCGUGGGGACAACCCGGAUAAGUUUAUCCAAGUUGAGAUCAAAGAUGAUGAAGACAUGCAGAAUAUGUUCGCUAAUCACGAGUAUUCUGGUUACGACUGCACAGAACUCUAUGUUACUCUACCAGAAGUUCAACCCACACAAAUGGUUGAGUCACAAGUCAUUGAUGCACUUGAAGACGAGCAAGCAGAGGUCGACGUUGUAGAUGAAGAAGAAGAAGCACCGGAAAUAGAAGUUGAUAACUUGGUCAACGAGGAAAGUGAAGAUGAACCGGAAGUUGUUGUACCACGAGAUCAAGUGCAUAUGCCUCCAGCGCACAUGAGGAACUUGAAUUUUGAUGGGGAUGACGAACCAUCGACUGAUAUUUUCUAUGAUCCAUACACUCAAACAGAUCAACGGUUAAAAGUAGGAGACAGAUUUCGUUCAAAGGAGGCAUGUAUCAUGGCCAUAAAAAGAUUACGUAUGGCAAACAAUGUUGAUUUUAGAGUUGAUCGCGCCAAUGUUGAGAGGUACAAAAUUUAUUGUAGAAACACUGAUUGUGGAUUCAGGUUGCAUGCAUCAUACAGGAAGAGAAGUGAUUCAAGGGUUAUAGGAUAUAUUUCCCAAGAUCACACGUGUGUUAACACAAAUGUUUCACAAGAUCACCGUAAGCUAAGUUAUGACAUUAUUUGUCAAGAAAUCUUGCCUCUAGUUGAAAAAGAUCCAUCGUUAAAGGUGAAAACGAUAAUCUCUCAUAUCGUUGCAACAUACAAUUACACUCCGUCUUAUAGAAAGGCGUGGCUGGCAAAGACCAAAGCGAUCGAAAUUGUGUAUGGAAAUUGGGAGGAUUCGUACAAACGACUCCCACAUUUCUUAUAUGCGCUUCAAAUUUAUGCUCCUGGAACCGUUACUAUUUUAGAGACCCUUCCGGCGCAAUCUCCAGACGGAACGUCCCUUCAAGGAAAUGUGAUAUUCCACAGGCUUUUCCGGGCUUUCCGCCCAUGUGUUCAAGGAUUUUCAUAUUGCAAACCAAUUCUUCAAAUAGAUGGAACUUGGUUGUACGGAAAAUAUAAAGGCACCAUGUUGAUGGCUGUGGCUCAAGACGGAAAUAGUAACAUCUUUCCUGUUGCGUUCGCUCUUGUGAAAGGAGAAACUGCUGGAGGUUGGGGUUUCUUUCUCAGAAAUCUUCGGACACACGUUGCCCCCCAACCUGGACUUUGCUUGAUUUCAGACAGACAUGCUGCCAUUGAGAGUGCGUACAACAAUCCAACAAACGGGUGGCAAAACCCAACAUCAACGCAUGUUUACUCGGCAAAUCCAGAUGCAGGCAAAUGGAUAGACAAUCUUGCUAGAGAGAAAUGGACCAGAUCACACGACAACGGGAAGCGAUGGGGGCACAUGACUACGAAUCUUGUGGAGUCUAUGAACGGGGUAUUUAAGGGCAUUAGACACCUUCCGAUCACUGCCUUGGUGGAAGCAACAUACUAUAGGAUGGCUUCUCUUUUCGCAAGAAGAGGUGAGCGUUGGAGUGCAGUUCUAGAAUCCGGACAAACCUUCAGUGUUAAAGAAACGAUUGACCAUAACGAGGGCCUUCCGAGACAACAAUACAGGGUUCUUAUAGAGGAAGGGUGGUGCGAUUACGGAAAGUUUCCAGCCUUUCAGAUGCCAUGCUCUCAUGUAAUUGCAGCAUGUUCGUAUGCGCAUCAAGAUCCGUUAGCACUUUUAUCUCCCAUUCACAAGGCGGAUACCUUGCUCGGAGUGUACAACAACUCAUUUCAAGUGAUGGCAAAGGAGGAUUAUUGGCCUGCGUAUGAAGGGGACGUGGUUUGGCAUAAUGAUAACAUGCGAGGAAAGAAAAGAGGUCACCCGAACAGCACCCGGAUCACAACCGAGAUGGAUCAUGAGAAAAUGAUACGAAAGUGUAGCAUAUGUCGUGAAGUCGGGCACAAUAGAAAUACCAGUCCUAACCGUGGAUCAAAUUCCACCAACAAUUAG